UCGAAAGACUAAAGUGUCGCAGUUUGAGGUAAUGGUCAAUUAUAUGACCCAGCACCCAGACUUGUCCAAGGGUUAUUUAAAAACACAAGAAGCAAGACAAAAAUCAAAUCAUUUAUGGACCAAUCUGUCAAACGAUUUGAAUGCUGAAGGUCCACCGCAGCGUGAUGCAGAGGGAUGGAAAAAGGUCUGGGCCGAUUUUAAGGUUCAUACCAAAGCCAAACUAAGAAAAAAUAAAAUAAAUUUGUCUGGAACUGGUGGUGGUCCCCCGAAACAUCAUCCACUUACUCCACUGGAAGAGAAAGUCAGUGAGUUGCUAGACUUAGGUGAAGCAAUCGAUGGGAUGAAUGGAUCCCUUAGUUUCGGGUUGCAAGACACCAGUAUGAGCUGCAGCCGUCAAGAUCAUGAAGAAGCGGAAAUGUUUGAGGUUAUUGCUGAAACGGAAACAAACGACAACAUUACCCAAAAGGAAAACCUACCACAUCCACGAAAAACACCAAAAAAAAGACAGUCGCUCCUCGAGAAGCAAGUUGAGCAUCAAAUACUUUACCAAACCAAUUCCACCGAUGCUCUGAAGGAGAUUAAUGCAAAUUUAAAAGGAAUUUUAAAAUACAAGAAAAGAACUGAACUGGCGCAAAUUUUCCUAGCUCGCUGCGAAUUAGCCUCCACCAGAGAUUUCCUUUCAUACUAA